CACGAGAGUGUAGGCACAGCUGGAUCGGUGACGAUUCUGAUAUGACUAACGAGGCGCCACAUACACAGUAUACGUAUAAUUAAUUGCUGGGCAUGGGCGGAUGCUAAAUCAUAGAUAUGAGGGGGUCGAUGUAAAUACAUAUCAGGCAACUUACAGGCAGCUAGAUCCGAUUAGCUACUGCAUUCUGUUCUCGUCGGAACAGUGGAGUCACUAUUUUUGAAGCACAAGCCAUAGAAAAAUUCAGCUUUCUAUUACAAACAUCUUAUAGGACCAUUCCAAGGCUCGUAUACGAAAGAGAUAUCCAGAUAUGACGCAUCGAAGAUAUAGCUCGAGGCCUGGGACAAAUGUCAAGUACGCGGAUAGCGACGAUGACACUCCGCCCGGAUCUUCUCGCAUGGCAUCCAUGUCAAAAAACUGCUCCGAUACGUCCAUAGAUGGGCGGAUGCAACGCAGGAGAGCACUUGAAGAGGCUGAAGAACGUCAACUGCAGGAGGCCUUGCGAUUAUCAGCUAUGGACCAGCCGAAUAGUCUGGCAAAUGGCGAUGCAACCAAAGACGGCGAUAUCGGAAAAGUGUCUCGCGAGAACGCACCGCCGGCGUGUGAUGCGAAUCACAAACAGCCAGCGCCGAGACGGGAAUCGCUGAGUCUGAAGAGGAAUAUGUCUAAUGAGCACACCAUCAUUAAGGGCUCAAAGCAAUCCCAAUCUUCUGGAGAUACACCUGCGUCGUUGCCCGUAAGACGCUUAACCAUUAUCGGACCACUACCCCCAGAUGAAGAUACUUCGGGUAGAAAAAGCACAGCAAACGCUAGUCUCACCAAAAAGGUCCAGCCACAGCAACACAGUGCAAAGAAAGCAGGCGCUUCCGGUGCCAAAUCGGCGGUCGUACAGUCAGAGGCACACAGCAGCACUAAGCGAAAUUCUACUUGCAAGCGAAAGGUACAGAAAAUGUUCAAUUCGAAAUCGGACGAUUCAUCAUGCGUGUCUGCUUCAGAAUCCGAUUCUAGUAGACACCGAGCCUCUUUAAAAAAAAAUCCACAAAAUACUUCAAAACAGCCCAACAGAUCAAAAGCGUUUGAUAAAACAUCAGCCGUACCAGUUAAGAGAGCGCACCAUGCGAUAUCAGAGUCUGAGUCUUCAGAUUCUGGAACGGAUGAACAAACUGCCGAAUCUGAGUCGGAAGUUGAUUCCGGAUCAGAUGCUGAAUCUGAAUUGGAAACUGAGUUUCAACCCAGACAGAGUUCAAAGCACAAUGGAGUUCACAAAAAGGGCAAUUUCCCACAGCAGCCGACGAAGAGAAAGGCCAUUAAAGCGGGGCCGAAGAACACUGCGCCGUCAAAGGUGCGCAUAACUGCAUCGGUGGCCGUUAAACAAGUUGCAGAUGAACACCACUCUGAAUCUGACAGUUCGCACGCGUCUGCUUCUGCAUCAUCCUCUACCGGCUCUGGCUCUGACUAUGACGAGGCGAGUUCCAGCACUGAAGUUGAGAGCGAUGGAGGCGAUAGCGAUUUCACAGUCAAGGCCAAACCAAAGGCGAAGCCAAAAACGCAACCCAAAACAAAACCGAAACCAAUGCCGAGACAAAAGCCGAAAAUAGAGCAUAAUGUCAAACCGGAAUCGGAAGUAUUGCCAAGUCCAAAACUUCAGCCAAAAGAAUCCGUAAAAGCACUAGAGACCCCAAUCUACAACAUGCAGGAAUCUGAGAAAGUGCCAUUACAAGUCAUCACAAACACACAACUAAAGGCCAGUCCAGCUGGUAUUAAAGGCCGACCUACGAGGACGACACCAAAUAUACCGAUUGACCGGGCGAAGGUGAACAAGGAAAUCACGCCGCAACAGGUAUCGACAACGCUUGCCCCUGUCAAAAUACCAGGAAAGCAGCCAGAGGUGUCGCGUGCUUUGGCCACAGUCUCUGCGACCGUUUUUCAUUCAACCCCUGCUACACUAGGACGGAAAAUUCCCGGGAGAAGGAAAAGACAAGAAGAGCCUACGAUUCAGAGGGAUUAUACAAAGCCGAAUACAGGGCAUGGCAAGAUAAAUGAUCUUCUAAUUCAUUCAUCGCGACCGCGGCUCGGUCUCUCGCGGAGGGGCAAAUUCAAACCACUGCACAAUUUAAAUGGGAACACAGCGCCGAGUAUUCCUCAUUAGCCGACAACUAUAAAAUACUCCUGAGAAAAUUUUCGACUCCAGGAC